AUGUGUCCGCUGAACAAAGCAGGCAUUGCCCUUCAUCCCGCUUGCGAUGUCGAACCUGUUCCUGCGAUGCGUGCGAAGACCGACUGUUCUGAAACCUCGACUGCUUUAGAGAGCGACAUCACGGACACAGAGCCCGUUUCAAGGAGGAGCCUCCGCAACUGUGUGGAUGUGAUUAUCGCAGUGGAGGAAGGAUGCAGCCGAAUGGCCUUCGAGAGGCACGCGGCCAUGUCUGGGCUUGGUGAAGAUGAUCUCAUCGUAUGUGUGUCUUCGGCUGACUUAGUCUGCGCGGUGGAGAAGGCGGUCGUCUCGAACCUGACAAAACCACUAGCUGUCAUCGUUGGCGAGGCAAGCUGGUUAGAGCAAUUUCCGGAAGUCUGGAGAGGGCGAUUUCCCUAUGUGAUCGAUGCCUCUUGCUGGGAUUCCGACGUCGGCACAGCUGACAUUGUAGAUAAGGUGCUACUUGCUUCGUGCAGCCAUGCGGAAUUCGAGGAUGCUCUGCGCUGCUGCGUUGAUCGCUGUGCCUAUGCAUGA